UAUUUCUGGCACUCAGGGCAUCAUAAGUUAAGUUAAUAACUGUAACGUUAGCAAAGAAGGGACAUGAAUAUUAAGCUAUUAGACUUUUACAUUAACGAUAACACAAAAGCUAGUAUUAGCUUCGAUUUGUAACUUAAUUUGGUGUAACAGUCCUAGUAAACGUUAGGGUUAACUCAUGUCUGCAAGCGAGCUAAAUUAAAGCUAAUAUUAGCAUGUUCGCUUCACAAGUUAAUGUUGGCUAAGGAUCGAUAACGUAACGUUAGUUAACGUAAAUGUCGUCUUGACGGUAAAUGUGCUUAUGCAGAUCAAAUAUUCCCAUCGAUAGAGCAGAAUAAUGCUGGUUCCUAAACCCUUAGGUUAGGUUAACGCUAACGGUUGUGCAGCCGUAGGUUUUCCUUGAGGUUACUUAUAAAUCUGUUCAGUGAAGACAACACUGGAAUCCUGUCCUGCAACUUACUAAGCCUUGGAGAAUGCAGACACGGACAUUGGCAUGUGUGGCUGGCUGUUGGUGGGGUUCUCCAUCCUUCUCAUGCUGGUUACCCUGCCCAUCUCCAUAUGGAUGUGCAUUAAGAUUGUGAAGGAGUAUGAGCGAGCCAUUAUCUUUCGCCUGGGACGCAUUUUGCGAGGAGGAGCCAAAGGACCAGGGUUGUUCUUCAUCUUGCCGUGCACUGACAGCUUUAUUAACGUGGACAUGCGCACCAUCACCUUCGACAUCCCACCGCAAGAGGUUUUGACCAAAGACUCUGUGACAGUGAGUGUCGAUGGCGUGGUGUACUACCGGGUCCAGAAUGCUACUCUGGCUGUGGCUAACAUCACUAACGCGGAUGCUGCUACCCGGCUGUUGGCCCAGACUACUCUGAGGAACGUCCUGGGUACCAAAAACCUGGCAGAGAUCCUGUCUGACCGUGAAGAGAUUGCGCACAGCAUGCAGUCCACCCUGGACGACGCCACAGAUGACUGGGGCAUCAAGGUGGAGCGGGUGGAGAUCAAAGACGUUAAGCUGCCCCUUCAGCUCCAGAGAGCCAUGGCAGCCGAGGCCGAAGCCACCCGUGAGGCCAGAGCCAAGGUGAUCGCUGCGGAGGGAGAGAUGAACGCAUCGCGGGCGCUGAAGGAGGCCUCCCUGGUGAUUGCCGAGUCUCCGUCGGCCCUGCAGCUGCGCUACCUUCAGACCCUCAACACCAUCGCAGCUGAGAAGAACUCCACCAUCAUUUUCCCGCUGCCACUGGAGAUGAUGCAGGGCUUCACCAAACACUGAGGAGACUCAUUGUUCACACGUAUCACUUAACACACACAUACGCAGCCCCUUUGUCCAUUAAGCUCUUACUAUAGCCUCAGUCCUCUGUUUGAAGUUGCACUUGAACACACAGUAAAGACUAAUCAGCCAGCUGACAUGCAUGUAUGCUCUCCACUUGCGAGUACAUUUAUCAUCUAAAAAAAGGAAAAAAACGAAAUUACCAAAAUUUACUCACCAGCAGGUCUUUGGUUACUUUGUUCCAAAUUGCCAUUUAAUUGCAAAAAUGAUCUUAGAUUAAUUAGAGAGAUUUAGCAGAUGAGCAGAAGUUAAAAAAUGAAAUGCAACUGACUUGUACAAUCUAUAGCAGUCCGCUUGGUGUGUCCACUGAGAACUGACCAAAGCAGGUGCUCACUGUUGUUAGAUUCGGUAUUGUGACUUAGAGUUAAAUCAAAACGGCCACAGUGCAGCAGGUGGUUUAACUGUUGUCUUGCAAUUUUAGUUUUUUUCCUCUAUUUAUGCAACAAAUGUGGAAAUCAGGCAAAUUUCCCUGACUGUUACAGUAGAAGCCUAAAAGUUCUCAUUAGUGGUUUUACAAACAUUUUAAAGGAAAGUGCCUGCUGGAUAUGUGGCCUUACACCUAAACACACACUCACACACACACACACACUCACACUCACACAGGUACGUCCUUGUGCUUAAGUAUGUAAUAUCUCCUGAUAUUGUUGCACUCCUGCAUUCACUGCCAGCAUCGUAGUGCUGUGAUUAUUUUACAGACAUUUAAAUGAAAUCCAUACGAGGACUUUGAGGCUCGCGAUCCUCAAAUCCUGACAAAUAGUUCUUUUAGAUCUACGCAGUGCCAUGUCAUGUAUUCACUGAAUUAUUGGUGUUAUUUAUGAAUGUGCAAGAAAGAAACACUGACACACUUGUAUGAAGAUCCUCGCUUUGCCUUUUUUACAACGUUAAGAGUUGUAAAUACAGUAGAAAUGGUGCGUAAACAGACUGAACUGUUUAUACAGAGAGACGUGAGAUGGAUGAGAUGGUAAUCAGGGAGGAUUGCAUUUGGUACACUUUAGCCUAUACUAACCAGCAUGAGAGGUAUGCAGUGGUCUUUAAAUAGCCUGUUUAGAGUCUAGGGAUUGCCCAGAGUGACGUGUAAAUAACAUAAACACACACACACACACACACAAACACCCUUUUUCCAGUUGCCAAAGCUGUUGUCUCAGAUUACAAGCUAAAAUGUGGCUGGGAGGAGAUAGCCACAGUUUUGUUUGUUUUUUUUGUUUUUUUUUAUUGGCUCAAUGUUGCUUGUACAUGUUUACAGUAUGCUUUCUAUUCACACAUAGUACAUGUAAUAUUUAGAAGGGUGGACAAAAUGUGAACAUAAUCAGCUUUACUGGUACAACAAUGUGUAUCGUAGGACUGUCAGUGUACUUGUUAUUUUGUCCACCCCUUGUCUGGCUUCACUGCUUAGUAGAGGCAGGCAGGAAGUAGAGACUGUUAGGAGGAAACUUAUCGCAAACCUUUCAGCCAAAAGCCUUAACGUACUGCCGUGGCUUCAUUUUACAGUCUAAUACGUUUCUAUGCAUUUCCAAAUGAAACCUCAAAUAGCAGUCUUUAUUUACCUCUAGUAUUUUAUGACAUGCGCUCUUUUUGGGUGUAAACAAGCCAAAAAGUUGACAUCUUUGCAUUUAUCUAUCUAGAACUGACAUGUAGUUGUUUGUUUGUUUGUUUUGUUUUCUCCUUUUGGCACAUAAAGGCCAGGGGCUUGUUUCAGAAAGCGGGUUCAACAAACUCUGAGUCAAACCCUGAACUCUGAGUUGAACCUCCGUUUUCAGUUCCAGCACAGCUGAUUAGAGUCAGUUCAAUCAACUCUGAGUAUGGUCACUCUGAGUUAAGCACGUGCGUGAUAAAUGAAAAAAGCCAUCAUCAAUGGAGCUCCGAUACUACAAUUCACCAUGGCAACGGGUGAAUAAAGGGCAGAGCCUCCAUUUUAAUUCAGUAGACAUAGAGAUAUUAAUGCAUGCGUCGUGUGUCAGUAAGAUUUAGAUUCGGACAUGCAGUAAACCUCCACUAGUGAAUGCGCUUUGAUAUGAAACUCAGGGUUUGUUGAAGAAAACCUGCCAGCGAGCAGGUUAGGUUCACAGAGUCAGUUACCAUGGUAACUGACCUCGAAUUUAAGUUGGCUCUCUUUCUGGAAAUGAAAACCCAGAGUUUUCCUCAUCUCAGGGUUAACAAAGUCAAGAGUUUUCACUAAUCCCGCUUUCUGAAACACGGCCCACGAGUGUUGGUAAAUGUAAUGUGAGCAUCAGUAUCUAUUGUGUGACUUCGUAGCGUACCUAUAUAUUCAUAUAUUCAGAAAUAUAUAUAUAUAUAGAGAGAGAGAGAGAGAUUCUUUUUCUUUUAUUUUUCUUUAUGGUAUACAAAAACCAUUACUGUUACUCCUGAAUAUAUUAUGUGUUGCUAUAACAGAUAAAUGUGUUAAUGUGCUGUAGCUCUCACUGUCAGAUGUUGUGUAAACUUAGACUUUGGAAGUUUUCUUCUAACCUGCCAAGUUGAGUUUUGACUGUUUUACAGUAAGUCUGUUCCAGAUAGAAGAGAGGUAGUUACAUACAUACGCUCACAGCACCAUCACUGAGCGGCUACUCUCUAAUGUUUCACCAGAUAUUCCUGGUGGUUGCGUCUCGUCCACUUUCUCAGGCAGAGUUUGUAUUUAUAGAACUCUGCCUUGAGAUCACUUAUGUGAUCAUUCGGCAUUCACUCAGACAGUAAGUGUUGUGAAUUUUUAUCUUUAAUGUCAACAAAUUCCAUGAAAAGACCAAAACCAACAAUGAAUUAAUCUACUAACAAGUAUUGUCUGUGUAGCC